UCCUCCCUCCUUUUGCUUUUCUGGUAAUAGCAGAGAGGAAGGAGGGGGUAGGCACAGGAAAGAGGGAAAAGAGAAAACAGAAAAAGAAUUGCAUGCCACUAUGCCUGAAUAUAUCCUUUACUUGUAGAUAAUUCCAUCCGAAUUGCACUUUUGCCUUUUAUUUCCGUUUUUGGACACCUCUUUUAUCAUCCAGCCAACUGGGACAGACAAAGCACUGUUGGUGCCCUGAGCGACAGAACUCUGGUAGGGGGCUGGCUGUAAAUUGACGUGGCAUGGAAAUUCUCCGCUAAGUUGUAGCAGCUUGCAUGUUUCUCCUAAGAUCAAGCCCAGCCUCCUAGAACUGUAGCUUAAUCAUCAUGGGUCCAACGACUUUACAGAAAAAUGGAUAGAAAAAGUCUUCAGCUCCUUUCUUUGGAUUCAAAUGUUUUCUUUUUGACUAUCCAUGGUUUAGCUGAAAAAAUCAAAGCAGUUAAGUCUGUAACUUUCUUUUUGCAGCUUAAACAACAGAAUUUGCUGCUCUGCCUCCCCUAUCCUGCAAUUUAAUUCCUUACAGAUUUUGCUAUGGGGUGCGGACUUAGAAAGCUAGAAGACCCUGAUGAUAGCAGUCCUGGAAAAAUAUUUUCUACCCUGAAGAGACCGCAAGUGGAAACAAAGACAGAAUUUGCUUACGAGUAUGUAUUGCUGGAUUUUACUUUACAAGCUUCACCAAACCCAGAAGUCAUCAAGAUAAAUUCAAUUUCAGAUAUAGUAACAAAAGUGGAAGACUACUAUCUUAAAGGAUAUAUUGUUGGGGCUAUUCAUCCUGUUAUACAACCUGUGGGGCAGCGGAAACACCUACCUGCAAGUUACCUGUACAGAGUAGUGCUGUUGCGCUUGAAAUUAAGCCCGAAGCAUUCGGCAGUACCCAGUGGACAAAGACACCCAAGGCUUGUGAUUGAGGAAUAUCCUCUAACUUAUGAGACACAAACAAAUGACAUAGCAAAAGAACUGAUAGAAAAGAUUAAUAUAGCUGCUAAGAGAGGAAUGAAAUUUGUUGGAUUCAUAUCACAACCUUAUCCACCACUUAAAUUCUGCAAUGGAAGCAAUCACGAUGGAGAUACAGAAUCAACACUGCCUGUGAGACACACUUCGGAGGAAAACUGUAAAAGUUGGAAUGAAGGAACAUUAAGUGGGCAAUCGUCUGAGAGUGGAAUUGAGGAAGAACUUCAUCAUGAAAGUGGACAGUGUCAGAUGGACCGAGAUGGCAGCCCCAGUUACUCUAAAUCCAGAAAGGGAGAAGAUAACAAGUUGUAUACAGUAUUCAAUGUUUUUGAUGAUGAAUCAACCUGUUGGACCUAUCAGGAAGGCAUCCUGUCAAUGAAAGUAACAAGAAAAGGAUCUGUCAUUAGUACACUUGAUGCUGAUUGGCUGGAGUUAACUACAUUUUAUUAUAAACAAGGCUUGUCUUUAAUUGAUUCUUUUGUAUGCUGGGAAACAUCUAAAGGCGACAUUUUGCCUAAAUCUUUGGAAGGAUUCUUUAUCUACGAAGAAGAAGGCUCUGGCGUUCCAGGUUCCAUUAGGAAAGGAAAUGAUGCCAUCGUAGUAGAACAAUGGACCGUUAUUGAGGGCUGGGAGAUCAAAACGGACUACGGCCCUCUGCUGCACACUCUGGCUGAGUUUGGAUGGCUCCUGACAAGCGUGUUACCUACGCCUAUAGUACGACAUGACAGUGAAGGGAAUUUGGCUACAAAGCAAAUUGUGUUCCUUCAGAGACCAGUUAUGUGGAAUUCAGCUGCUCAAACACCAGAAAGGAAAGCUAGCCGGCAUAUAAAAGCUGAGGACAGGAACAAAGUCACCAGCAGGAGCAUUGGACUGGACACGGCCACAUCACCACCAGCAGAGAGCAGAAACCUGGCUGAGGAGCGCCUCCUCUCUCCUUCGAGAGAAUGUUGGACGAAGGACAGGAGGCCACCGCAGUACAGCAGCUUCUCUGGGUUCAGCAGCAGUGACAGUGUCCUACGGGAAUUAGACGACGGACAGUUUGACCAGGAAGACGGAGUGACUCAAGUCACUUGUAUGUGAGCAAUGAAGUCAAGCAACAGAAGGCCCUGUAAAUAAUUAUUAAAAUAAUUGCCAACUGA